AGCCACAACAAAUUGAAAACAAAUUCUACAUCACUGCGCAGUGCAACGAAAUUUUAGCCCAUGUGGAUCCCUCUAUAAAGUCCAGGAUCCCUCCAUACUAUGAGCCCAAUGGUAUUUUGCUUUCAAAAGGUAUUACGGUUAAUAUCAGAUGGGCCGAACAUGGCGGAUGGAUCAGAUACGGCAGCAGGAUUAUUGCCAUUACGGAAAGAAGGCUGAAAAUUAGUAGCUGCCAUAUAAUAUGUUAGCCAAACAGGGGAUGUUGCUGUUAUGGUGUAACGGCAUCUGAAGGGAUAAAAGUCCACAACUGCCAUUAUCGCAGGUCACGGACAUUAGUGCCCGGUGUCUGCUCUUUAGAACAGCAGACAUCCGGCCACCAUGGCUCCCUCUGCAUGUACCAUUUUUAAAUGCCCAGAGGUUAUAAAGAGUUAACUUUCAAGCCUUCACACUGAGAGGCCUGGGUAUACCUGAUUUAUAGUGUCUUUCGUGACAAAUUUAUUAGUAAAUAGAAUUUCUUUUCGAAGUUUGGCGAAUCGGCUGAAUCAAAUUUUUCAAAACUUUGCUCACUUCUAUUCCUUUCCAUAAGACGGCUGCUGACGGAGAGUCUUGUGACCAGACACAUCACUCAGCUUCCCCGACUCAAACACACUGCCCCUGCACUAAGCCUGCAACAGUGCAAGUGAAACUGGCAGAUACAGUGCGUUUAGAUUGAAAUAUACCUUAUGAAAUAUAGAAAAUGGCGCAGAAUAUCAACAAAAGCUAUAUUAGUAAGUGCCGUAUAGUCAUCUGACAAACACAUUGGGUAACAGUAACCAGAAAGUGGACAACACCUUUAAAGGGUCAAUAGUAGAUGUAGGAUCCACGGAGUUUGUCAGAAAAAGGGAGGGAGCCCCUGUGUCAGCCCACUGGCACGUCCUGACAACUGCAGGGAAGAUGAUGUAAUUUUGUUGCCUGGUAACUAACAAAUAUUAUGUGGGAAUUUCCAAGUUUUUUACGACACAAAGUAGGAAAGUCUUAAAGGAAGUCACAUGACUUUAAAGAUUUGACAGGCUCAUUCACCCAGUGGACCUCUCAAUGAGAUACACACUCUUACUAUCUGCUUCCAGCAUGAGGCCAACCAUGUUCCUCCUUCUACUACUACUCCUAACCUGUGCUGCAGCAGGUGAGAUCCGCAUACUGUAUAUAGUUAUACCUUAGUGUGCAACUCUAUCCCUGGCUAAAGCCUCAUGCUCUCAAACUUCUGUGACUAACAACAUUCAGACACAAUAAUAGAUGUCAUUGGUUUCGCUUCGAAAAGGGAAAUUGUAACUACAGGGAACCAGGUUACUUUUAGUUUUUGUUCCUUAAUUAACUGUCAUGACCUGUAAUUAUUUGAUGUAAGACUUAUUGAUUAAUUCUUGUCAUACAGUCAUCCAAAGAAAAGCGAACUAAUAUGGCGGCUGUACAGUGUUGAGGGUUCAUGGCUUCUGUAUGUGGGUCAGGUGUGCUUCCAGGGAUCUGUGUGUAAUCUAUGGAACCUCUCUACUAUAUAUGUGACUCAUCUUAAUUGCAAAAUGUUCUUUCUGUAUAAGCUUUGUCUCUAAGAUCUGUUAUAUUAGCGUUAGAAUAAAUGUCAGGGGACCGCCAUGGGGUCCAACAUUACCCCUGUGUUAAUAAAAGCCAAUAUCACCAAACUCAUUCCUCUAUAUCACAACAUGGCCUGAUAAAACAUGUCAUGAGGGGGGGUGAAAUUGCAGCAGAUGAGGUUUAUAUUUAUUUACAUUACUACAAUAUCACCAAAUACUGUGAAGAUAAGUAACUAAAUGUCAGCCAUGUAUGCCGUGCAUAACUCAUGCUGUCCUCAUUGUCUAGAAGAUUGUAAGCUCGUUUUGGGCAGUCCUCUAUUUGCUUUGUAUAUUUUCUUUACAUUCUUUGCCUUUUCUUGUUUAUAUUGUAUUAGAGAUUGCAUUUGCAACUUGACUGCUAUGUAAGGCACAGUGCUGCACAAUAUGGUGGUGAUAUAUGAAUAAAGGAUAAUCAUCUCAGUUAUCUGCCUUCAAGAAUGGCCUACUGCUGUACAGAGGUCUUCUCAGCUAUUAUACUAUAAGUCUCAGAAUGUCAGAAUUCCUUGGAUGCACCAAAUCACUACAAGUUAUCCACAAAUAAAAUGUCUGCGCCUUAUUGUUAGAGUAUGAAGAAGAGAAAAUGAUGAUGCCUGAGGGGUGUGAUGUUAUGAGUGACGUUGGCCUAAUGAGUCACUCAUUCCUCUACAUCACAACAUAGCCUGAUACAACACAACAUUAAGGGUUGUGAAAUCUCAGCAGAUGACGUUUAUGUUAAUUUACAUUACUAAGGCUGUUUCAUCAGACCUUUCAUCACCCCCUCACUGACUGCUUCCAAGAUGAAGACCUCCGUGUUCCUGCCUGUACUAUUACUCAGUAAUGUUGUUGCUGCAGGGAAUGCUGAGAUCCUGAAAUACGCAGCUGUUGGGUCAUCAUUCACUUUUCCACCUGUAAAUAUUUCUCCUGGAUUUCUAUAUGAUUUAAAAACGAGAGACAGCCAAACACUUAUAGCCACCUAUCAUGACUCUGAGAAUGUGAGGCCACUGUAUAAACACCGGGCUAGCUUCUCAAAAAAUGGGACUGACCUGAGGCUUGUUCUGAGACAACUGACCAAAGAAGACAGCAAGACGUAUGAGCAAGUGGUGAACAUGAAGGUUGUGGCUCAGAUACAUCUCAAUGUGAUUGAACCAGUGACUAAGCCAACCCUCCGGAAAGUGAAUGUAACCAUAGAUGGCAGCCAAUGUCAUGUCCUCCUAGAGUGCAGCGCCCAGGGAGCAGAUCUACUCAAUGUGAGAUUUCAUAAAAAUGGAGAAGAGAUCACUGGGAACAUCACCAGGAUGGGCAAUUCCAGCUUCUUGAUUAUUGACCCCUUGGAUCCAUGGUCUCCUGGGACCUACACCUGUGAAGCAUGGAACCCUGUAGGAAAUGAGACGUCUCCAGAGAUUCUAUUACCAUCUACUGACAAUGAUAAGUGCAAGAAUGCAAUAUCAAACCCUCCAAACUGGAGUGUCAUCAGUAUCAUCAUGGGUGUCAUGGGUGUCAUUGGUGUCGUCAUCAUUAUUGCUUUCUUCAUAGUUUCCAGGAAACGUCAACACACAAGUGGAGAGAAAACGAACCCCAGCAUGCCCCCAGAUGAGGAGUCUGCUGAGACAACACCUGAGACAUCGCCACUAAUCAGAAAGAAAACAUCUGAAGAGGAAAAAAGUGAAGAUUCCUCCUGUACCGUACCUAAUCCAGAAGAACCUGGAGACAUGACCAUGGGCAAUGGCCAGGGGGGGCCAACAGCAGAGAAUAUCCCAAACAGUUCAGAUCCAGGUCAUUGUGGACAAGAAGAUAAAUCCCUUGUCUCGGUCCCUGACGGUGGUCAACAAGCAAUUGGAUGAUGUAUAUAGUUUUCUAAGCGCUAGCAUGUGACACAUUUCUAUAUUAUACCUGGUUG